GAUCAUAGAGUUGAGAAACGACCGUUGGAUGGUAAAGUGGGACCUACUAAUCCAUCCCUAGAAACUGUAGAUAUAUUUUUUGGAUGCAGUGAAAAAGUCGUCGACCAAAGUCCCACUUCUAGAUCUACUUUUGUCUAUUUCCAUUAUUAAUUGAUCAAAAAUAAAACAAAUUUCGAAAGGAGUUAAGAAAUCAGAACGUUGGGCCGAUUGUCGCAGAUCCUAUUUAAAAUUCACUUCUUUCCACAAUCUCUCAUCUUCAAUAAACUAGCCGUUACAUAUCUCUCUUUCUCUACCUCCAUCAAUGGCUGCUUCUGUUGAAACUCCAUCAACUAAUCAUACCAACUACGAAGGAACAAGCUUGAACAUGGUUUCUACAACUUCUUUUGAUUCUUCUCCAUCGAUUAUUAGUCCAUCUUCAGACAAGCGUCUCUGGAGCAAUCUACGUAACAGGGUUGAUGUUCUUCUCGAAGAAAAUAGCAAAUAUCACAAACCCAUUGCCGCCGAUACGAUUGCUGGAGAAACAGAGAGAUCAAUGAGAUUUAAGAAUGAUUCGAUGCUUUUGCUUAAAGGGUUUGAUUCGGUUUCUCAUACUCUGUCUCAGCUUUCUAGUAAUCUCGACAAUGCCCUUCAGGGAGUUAGAGAAUUAGCUAAACCACCUUCAUUAUCUGAGAUUCUCCACUCGAAUCUCAAAGCUGAUCAGAUUCAACGACAACAAAAAGAAGAAGAAGAAGAGAGUAAAGGGACGAAGAGGAAACACGAAUCUGAUAUUGAACAAAAAGAAGAUUCUUCGAAUGAAGAAGAGAAGAGACCAAAAGAGAGGAAAAUCAUGAACAAGGCUAAGAACAUUGCGAUCUCCAUGGCAGCGAAAGCGAAUUCGCUUGCAAGAGAGCUUAAAUCCAUAAAAUCCGACUUGAGUUUCAUCCAAGAACGUUGUGGAUUACUUGAAGAAGAGAACAAGAGACUCAGAGAUGGGUUUGUGAAAGGUGUUAGACCUGAAGAAGAUGAUUUGGUGAGGCUACAAUUGGAGGUGUUGCUUACAGAGAAAGCUAGAUUAGCGAAUGAGAACGCGAAUUUAGUAAGAGAAAAUCAGUGUCUUCACCAGAUGGUUGAGUACCAUCAAAUCACAUCUCAAGAUCUAUCUCCUUCAUAUGAACAAGUUGUUCAAGGUUUAUGCUUAGAUUUCUCAUCCCCUGUGCCUCAAUACGAUGAUGAUGAAGAAGAAGAGGAUGAAACAAGAGCUCGAGAUGUCUCCAAAGCCCUUAACGAAAGCUUUGAAAAAGCAGCAGAAGAAGAACAAUAUUGAUCAAGUCAUUGUUUAGAUUUUGUGUGUUUCGUAAAAAAACAACCCAAGUAUUUUCAUAAUUGAUUUAGAUUUUGUGUCUUAGUUUUGAGUAGUUUCUUGGUCUCUAAGAUAUAAAGUUGUAACAUCCCACUGUUUGUUGUAAUAAUUUGGUCACAUAGUACGUUAGACAAUAAACAAAUCGAAUAUACAAACUAUAUGCUUUUGAUCUUGCAAA